ACGUCUAGUAUCGCAUUGACGCGCGUGCUGUUUCCUUCGUCACCGAUCUCUUCGUAUUCGUAUUUCACUAUUACUUGUGUUAUUUAAUAUCAGUGUUUUACUAUCGUGAAUAUUUUUUUAUUUUUUUUUUUUAUUAAUAAGUUUUUUUUUAAACCAAAAAUUUAUUAGUUACUAUUUUUUUUUUUUUUUUUUUUUUACGUACGUUGUGUUGAUAAAAUUUCGAAAUCCCGAGCAGAAUAUUCAACAAAUAAAAGAACCAAAAAGAAAGUUCCCAGCGUCACGGUUCCGUGGUUUUAAUCUCGGAUUAACCAACAAAACCAUACGAUUCAGAGUAAAUAAAAGUAGCUAAAAUAAAAAAGAGGCAAAAAUAUAUAUCGUAAUAUUAAAGACAAAGUGUCAGUACUGAAAAAGCGAAAAAAAAUAAAAAAAACAGCCAGAGGCCCGACACAUCCCCAAGAACGUGAGAUAGUAAACAGGUGACAGCCUUAUGUUGCUUCUACCAUAUAACCAACAACCAUCGAACCCUUCAACUACGGUAGUAGUGUUGCUCUUGUUUUAGCCGUGUCGUCAAAGUUACGACGGAAAAGUCAAGCUAAAAAAAUUCAACACUGAAGAGGAUAAAGAGAACAUGCCCGGUCUUUCAUCAGAUACAGAACGAAAUAACAAAGCAAUGAGUUCGCCAUAAAAAAGUUAUAAAAAAAAAAGGACUGGACCUAGAUAAAUCCCGGGAAAAAAUUUAAUGUUUCAUAAAUCAAUAGAGAAUAUAAUGAAUUAUUAAUAGAAUAAUAAUUAUUGCUGUCAACAGUAUCGAUAACAUGAAGAAUUAAUUUAAUCGUCACAGUGAUUCGACAGUAAAAAAAAAUUAAAAUUAAUGUGUUUCCAAAAUAAGUGGCCACGAUGCCAUAAAAUAAUUAAAUUAACAAUUAAAAAUAAUUAGUGUUCUGAUAAAAAAAAAAAAAAUGUCGAGUAUGAAAUGAAUGAAAAUUUUCGGGGUAAUGCCCCUGGGUAAUAGAAUUCGUGAUUGAUUGAUUAAUCAAUUGAAUGAUUAAUUAAUUGAUUGAUGAAUAGUGAAAUUGAAUAAUUUUCUGGUGAGUAAUUUGGAUAAUUAUAAAUCCAAAGAUGCCGCCAAUAAAUAUAACAUAUUUUUCGACGGACGAACCCUUCAAUUCAACGCCGUGGCCGGGAAAUUCGAUAAAUUAUUUUGGCAACGAGACAAAUUUUAAUGCUACGGAUAUAGAUAGUAAUAAAUUUACGUUGCCUCUGUGGCGGCAAAUACUGUGGUAUUGUUUGUUUGUCAGUAUGAUUGUUGUUGCAACUGGUGGUAAUUUAAUAGUUAUAUGGAUCGUACUUGUGCACAAACGAAUGAGAUCGGUGACUAAUAUUUUUUUGGUUAAUUUGAGCAUCGCUGAUACAAUGGUGUCAUUAUUGAACGUCACCUUCAAUUUUUAUUACAUGCUUCACAGCCAUUGGACAUUUGGUAAUUUGUACUGCAAAGUCAGUCAAUUUAUUGCUGUGCUGACUAUCUGCGCUAGUGUUUUUACACUCAUGGCUAUUUCCAUCGAUAGAUAUAAGGCAAUUAUGAAUCCACUGCGUCAGAGGAUGAGUCGACGUAAAACGUUAUGUAUAGCCAUAGUAAUAUGGAUAUUCUCAGUAAUACUUUCGAUACCGAAUUUGAUAUUCUAUAAUAUAUAUACCGUCACUUUUCAAAAUGGUAUGGUGAGGAUAGUUUGCUAUGGUGAUUGGCCAAAUAAAGAUGAUAACGAAUUCAGUUAUGAUGAAUACAUAUACAAUAUUAUAUUCAUGAUACUGACAUAUUUUUUGCCGGUUGGAUCGAUGACUUUUACGUAUGCAAGAGUUGGCUUUGAAUUAUGGGGCUCGCAAAGUAUUGGCGAGCAAACUCAUAAUCAAAUGGAAAGUAUUAAAAGCAAACGAAGGGUUGUGAAGAUGAUGAUUGUUAUAGUAGGAAUAUUUACAGUCUGUUGGUUACCAUUUCAUAUUUAUUUUAUUGUCGUAUCUACAUUACCGGACGUAACAAAUGAACCAUACAUCCAAGAAGUUUAUUUAGCCAUUUACUGGCUAGCGAUGUCCAACAGUAUGUACAACCCGAUAAUUUAUUGCUGGAUGAAUUCAAGAUUUCGUAGAGGAUUCGCUUUAGUGUUCCGGUGGUGUCCGGGCGUGCACGCGGAACCGGAACCAGCGUUAAGCAGAUCGGAAGCUAUUACACGUUACAGUUGCACAGGAAGUCCCAUUGGACAUACGAGGAUCUCAAGAAAUGGUACAGUGAGGAUUCCAUUGCACUUACAAUCAGGAACGAUGAUUAUACGGCAGAACAAUAACGGCAACAACACCAAUGGCAGUCAGGUUCAAUCUGCCAGGCAAUUUAAAUCAAACUCUCAAGUCCACGUCUCCUGACAUCAAGACAGUGCUCUGAAUCGUGUUCACGCUUCGAUAAAUGUAUAAUAAUAAUGAUAGAAUUUAAAAAAAAAACUAUGCAUACAAAACUAAAUAAAAAUGUUCAUUAAUAUAAAGUGACUUAAAAAAUUAAAAACGACUGACACAUCACCGCACAUAAACAAGCUUUACUUUUAUUAACCCAAGGCCGAAAACUUUAUCUGUAAGAAUUAAAGCUCACUAAGGGAUUUAUCAUGAUUAAGAAAAAAAAAAGAAAAAAGAUCUUUUUAGAUGAGAAAAUACACAGUAAUUUUAUGACACGAAAUUACCCAUAAAGAUAAUCAUUUAAGUCAUCAGUAAUUUAAUAAAAGACAAAAAAAAGUUGUAAAAUUUUUAAUGAUUGCAGUAAUUAGAGUUUUUAUUAUUUCUUAUUGAGGACCAAUCAGUUGAUCAUAUUCCGUAUGAGUAAUUUUUUUUUAAUAGAUAAAUAAAUUAAUUAAUGGAGUUGGUGUACAUAAAUAUAUAUCAUGAUUAAAUACAUAUAUAUAUUAGGGGUGUGCGAACAUUCAAAUUCUUCGAAUUAUUCGAUACGAAUCAAAUCGAACUAUUGAAUAGUUCGAAUUUCGAAUCGAAGACUACUCACACACCCCUGAUAUAUAUAUAUAUAUAUAUAUAUAUAUAUAUACAUAUAAAUAUAUAUGUAAUUAUAUUUGUGAGAAACAAUCGAUGUUAAUAUUUAUGUAAAUGAAUGCCUAGAAUUUAUAUUUAUUAAUAUUUAAUAAUAAAUUAGAUAUUUCUAUAAAAAAAAAUAUAUAUAUAAAUAUAUAUGACUGUGUGCGUAAUAGAUAAGCACGGGCUUGCAAUUUAAUAAUCUAACGGUGCUUAUUUGUAAAUCGGAAAUAAAUUCAUUGUAUAUAUAAAGAUAUUUAAAUAUAAAUAUAAAUAUAUAUAAAUAGAUAUAUGUGUUCUUAAAAUAUGAAAUUAUUUGUAAUUUAAAAAUAAAUAAAAAUAAUUUGAAUCAAUGCUCUGUAAAAAUAAAUUAGUGAAAUUCGCUAGGAAAUUUUGAAUAUUCGCUGAUUCAGAGAGCAAACCGUAGAACUUUUUAGGAAUUAGUGGUACGAUUUACACUUUGAAUAAGUGAAUAUUCAAUAUUUCCUAGUGAAUUUCACUAAGUUUCUUUUAGAAAGUGGUUAUAAUAAAAAAAUAAAAAGUUAUUCUUAAUUUUUAAUAAGUUUUCGUAAAAUAUCUUCUGUACUUAAUUUGAAAUUGUGCCAAUGAGUUUGGGUAAAAAAUAAAACUUGGUGACAAAAACUGAGGAAAAAAUAUAAAAUAGUAGUAAAAAACUAAUGAAUUUGAAAAAGAUAAGUAAUUAUGAUGAUUAAUUGAGGGAGAGACGGGCAGAGUGGAAGGAUUUAUCCUAUAUGUUUGAAAUAAUGUUUUUGGGUUUAGUAUCUUAGAAAGAAUGAAUAAUAACGGAUCCGGGCAACAGAAAAAAAAUAUGAGUAUAUCCUCGGAAAAGUAUCUUAAUUGAGGAUUAAUAGAUUCCUAGAGAAAAUAUUCUAAACAGAUCGCUUAAAAAAAGGAAAAAAUUCUAUUUUACGAGUAUGAUAUUCUGUCGGAAUGUUUCGUCCGGAAAUCGAUAGUAACUCAGUCAUAUGUAUGCAUUAUCAUGAUACCAGGAUCGCAAUUUAAAGUUUCAGUGUCUGUAUGGGUAAUCGAAACAAGCUAAUUUCAGCCCAAUGCCGUGGAUAAAUAUUAGCGUAUGCGUGAAUUGCGAAUGCCUUCAGUCAGAGGACAGAGACAAAUAAUAUUUCUGCCCGCUACAUGGAAAAAAUAAUAGUGGAAAAAUUACAGUUUUAAAUAUCAGCAAAGUCCCUCUACUGCGGAACUGUAAAAAUUACACUAUUUCUGAGACGCAGCAAUUAUUUAGCAAUUAUUACAGUUUCAUAUAAGACUUUUUUCAGUCCUUGAUAGCGCUUCAUUCAUAAUAAAGUUUCAUUAAACUAAAAAUACAUUAGAAACUGUUGAAUUUGGUUUCUAUGAUUGUAAUUUCUUUAUUACAAGAAGUAGCCUCGAUUAUUACAGUGCAAACUAUAAUACUUUAAGUUUUUUCAACGAGGGCCCUGUUUUUGCACUGUUUUUUUGCACUGAAAACUGUAAUUUUUCCACUGCUCUCUUUUCCGUGUGAAAGCCAAUUCCACUCUUUAUUUCAGCUCUGAUACUCGUCAUUUGUUUAUUAGUAAUUUCAGAUCACUAAUUUAAUUAUGUAAUUGACAGUUAUGUCUUUGUGAUUAAGUUUUAUAAAAAUUAGUGUGAAUGACAAACAAUAUUUAUUUUUUCUGCUUAAAGUAGUACUGUCGGUUUUAGAAUUACCGUUCAGAAUUUAAUGAAAAUCGACAUAUUAGCAGACAAUGAUAAGAAAAAGAUCCAAUUAAAUUUUUGAAGAGCUACAGAGAAAAAAUAAAUUCGAUGAAACCUGUGAUUUCUCAUGUACCUCAAUGUUAAAUCUAUGAAAAUAAAAAUUUUACUGGUUCUCUGUAGCUCUUCAAAAAUUUAAUUGGAUCUUUUUCUUAUCAUUAUCUAGCAAUAUGUCGAAUUCCAUUAAAUUCUGAACAGUGAUUCUAAAAACGACAGUGUCACCCUAAUCAUAAAUUGAAAAUGACGAUUUACGCUUACGCUAAUGAUUGAUGACACCAUCGGUCUUAAAUUAACUUGUCUCUGACUGGCUGCUGACACUAAAACUUUAAAUUCCAUUGCAGGCAAUCAUGAAAAACUAGUGAGUAACUCGGAAUGAAACGCGAUUUCAGACUGCGGGUGAUGUCAGUCCUCACCUUCGGCUCGGGUGGCCAACUUCACCCUAGUCUGAAAUCAUUUAAUUUUGUUUCAUCCCCAGUCUUUGUCCGGCUCUCUCUUAGUUGUAAAUAAUGUCUUAAUGCUCACGAUUUAAGUGAAAAAUAUUUUUAAAAAAAUACUCUGGGAAAACCAAACGCUUUUUAAUAUUAAAUAAUAAUUGAUAAUCAAUGAUAAUUAAAAAAAAAUAAUAAUAAGUAAUUUAAGAUUUGUAAUCACGUGAUUUUAAAAAUGAAAUUUAAAUCCUCGUGAUAUAAGAGACUAAAUUGUAAUAAACUAUAAAAAUUAUAUAAUGCGAUGUACAUUAAAAAUAAUUAUUAAUUAAGAUAACUAUAUAGUAUAUAGUAAAAUAAUUAAUUAUCUUUAUAAAAUAAAUCAAUGAGUUGCGUGACUAAUUACU